AGCUGCCACCAGAGGCCAAGGCCACAAGCCACCCUGCGGUGCUCUCGUAUCAGGCCUGCGCCUCUGCCCCUGUACCCGCCAGCGGCCUCAUGGCAUUCUGGGUGACCGUGGUCCUUGCUCUUGCCUGCCUCGGUGGCCUCACCGCCCCAGGCCCUGUGCCCGUGUCUUCCACCGUAGCCGUGAGCAUCAAGGAGCUCCUUGGGGAGCUGGUCAACAUCACCCAGGAUCAGAAGACCCCGCUCUGCAACAGCAGCAUGGUGUGGAGCGUGAACCUGACGGCCGGCCUGUGGUACUGCGCAGCCCGGGAGUCGCUGAUCAACGUCUCCAACUGCAGCGCCCUCCAGAGGACCCAGAAGAUACUGAGCGGCCUUUGCCAGCACAAGGCCUCUGCUGGGGUCUCCAGCCUGCGCAGCCCAGACACCAAGAUCGAGGUGGCUGAGUUCGUGAAGAAGCUGCGUAUACACGUCCAGUGUCUUUACCGCCACGGAAAGUUCCACUGAGGCACGGACGGGCGGAGCCAGCGCUCACUUUGCAGACCCUUGGCUCCUUCGGACGUCAGGAGCCCCUGGGGGUGGGGAGAAGAGGGAGGCAGCUGCCCGCGACCGGCCGGCUUGAGCGUGGGAGGGGACCCCGUUGCUCUCCAGCGGCCACGCCCCCAGCACCCUGGCCAGCCGGAGCCCCUGGGCGGGCAGUGCCUUCCCGGAUGCGGCCGGCAGGGGGCGUGCUUCACAGGGGGUGGGCGCUGUUUCCUUGGGUCCUUAUUUAUUAUUGCAUGUUAUUUAAAUGAGUGUUCGUCAGUAUUGGGGUGGGGGAGACUGCGGCAGCCCGGGAGUCCCCAGAAGUGAGGGAGCGUGGGGCGGGUCGCAAGCACUGUACACACAACUCUGCUACCUCACUGGGGGCCGGGCCCUGCAGGUCCUGCCUCCCCAGCCCUCAGCUAAAGCAUAAUUUAUUGUUUAUUCCAAAUAUUUAAAGUUAAGUAUUGAGAAUGUGAGCAGAGAGUUAAUAAUAUAUGGGAGAGCGGGGUGGGGGGUGGGAGUCACUGAAGCGCUGUGUCACUGAUGCUGACCGCGUCAACCUGGAAUAAAAACCGUGACAGAGCCUGGCUGCCUGUGCCUCUUUCUUGGCCCCUGGGGGCGCAAUCUGUGUGCUGGGCUCAGAGGGAGGCAGCUGGCCAGAGCAGGGACAGCCGGCCAAGGGCCCCAGGUCCAGAAGCUGGGGUGAGA